AGUCGGUCCAAGACCGUUGUCGUGUUUGCGUGUUUUUAUAGCUCGCGUCGCGCUCGUGUUUCCAGUCCAAACAACAUAAUUUUGGAUUGAGAAAUUGUUUGUUAGAAAAAUUAUUUACCACGAUUGCAUUUUGUUUUUUUGCAACGUCAAUCGACAAAUUUGUUAUCUGUGAAUUUUUUUUGUGUGAACAAUGAGGUUGGAAAUACAAUUUGAAUGGUCUCCGACGACAACUGGAAGGCUCUGGCGCCUAAAAUCUUUCCAUCAGCAUUGACCUGGGUGUCAGACAUGACCGUAACAAUAGAAUGUGUCCAAAGUUGAAAUUCUCAAUAAUGUGUUACUUUUACUAAAAGAUAAAGAAACAGUGCAUCCCUUUCUUUUUGAUAAUUCAGUGCAAAAAAAAAAGAAGUAAUAAGCAAAAAGAAAGAGAAUUUAAUGAGUGACUGAGUGGAUAUCCAAGAUUUAGGGCAAAACCUAGUUUAGGCAAUUAAAAGAAAAAUCUUUUUUUUUAUGUGAUAACAAUAAAAAUUGAGAAACUGCGAGUUUUUCAUACCCCAUUAAAUGCCGAAAUUUUGAAAUUUAAACGACGGAGCAUAAAUAGCAAAAAUGUAUAGUGUGGCCAUUAUGCGACAUGUGAAAAAAUUGCGUUUAUUGCCUCUAUAUGAAUGAAAACGGCUCGGAUUUUUUUUUCUUCCUCAACUUCCAAACCUCUACUAACAAUUUAUAUCACUCAUUUUAUGCACAACACGAAUUUGAUUUAAAACGUGCAUCAUAAAAAGAGACGCGGAGUGUACAAUCGAAGGUAGAGAUCUCCAACUAAUUAUGACAGUUCUAUUUUUCGAAAGUUUUCACCAGCAGAGAUCUCGCUAAUAGGUAAAAAUUUUAGUGAAGAUCGAAGGGUAUUUUAAUAAUAAAAAUUUUAAUCGCACCAACAUUAAAAGAAUUUAACGGCUUAAGAGAGUAACUGGGCAGAAAGUAGCUACGGGUUGCACAUUAAAACGCUCAAAAGUGAAGAGAUAGACAGAGAUUGGCAAUCAGCGACUUCUGAAAAAAAAGUUUUCUUGAUCGAAAGUUUCGUGUCUUGCAAGUGUUCGCGAGUUCUUUAGUCCUACGAGUGUUGUCGCGAAAUUGUGCUAAUUUUGGAUUGUGGACGCAAAGGCACCCUACCAAACGGAUCCCAGCACAAUGGACAUGACAUCAACGGCGGAAGCCGCUCGGUGGUAUGACAACCCACGCCUGGGUGGCUCACCAAACGCGGGAGCCGCAGCUGCCAGUGGGGCCCAUCAGGCGGCCACCGGUGGCGUCGAUACGUCCGAUAUGGGCGCCUUCUAUGCUUUGGAGAAUGGAGGGCAUCGAAGGUAUUACUCCACCGGAUAUGCACCUCAUGACACAUUUCAUCUUUCAAGCCGAGCCGCUCAUACUGCACACCAAUAUUCGUUACAGUCUAGAUCGUCAUCAGCAUCUAGAAUGCCAUCAUCUCAUACCUCACCGCAAGUAUGUAGGCCACAUUUUCAUGCACCUAUCCCAUGGUUGAGUGAACCAAAGCUGUCAACGCCUGGCAGUCCGUGGGGAAAUCCUUUCGCCUGUCCACAAGAUCCACAGGACAAGGUUAGUCAAGUGCAAAGUCAUCAAACGGGUCAACAUUUGUUCUCGUUUCCACCCACCCCACCGAAGGAUUCCACACCUGAUUCAGUACAAACGGGACCAGCAGAAUAUCAGGCGGCAGUGAAUGCAUUUAUGCAUCAAGCACAGGCGUCCACAACUACCUCAGUCACAACAGGCGAGACGAACUGUGCUCUGGAUGUGAAGCCACAAAUCCCAAAUGGGGCCCAAUCAACCCCAAAACAACGUGAAGGUACGACGACUGCCAAUAACAACAACACCAGCAAUAGCAAUAAUAAUAACAAUAGCAGUAGCACAAGUUUAAAUGGUGGCGGCGGCGGCCUCUUCGAUGCAUCCCAGAGUGCCGCCGCGGCCGCCUAUGCUGGAUAUGAGAGCAGCGGUUAUGGCUACCACCAAAGUGGCACAGGCACGUUCCAGACGGGCCCUGCGCGCCCCACAAUGAACAGUCCUCAUACGAAGCCCCAACGAAAUAAAGCGAGAACAAGUGCUGAGGGUAGAGAAUGCGUUAAUUGUGGUGCAACAUCGACGCCUCUGUGGCGAAGAGACGGUACUGGACAUUAUUUGUGUAACGCCUGUGGAUUGUAUUAUAAAAUGAAUGGACAAAAUAGACCGCUUAUUAAACCUAAACGAAGACUGUCACUCCAAAGUGCCGCCAGAAGAGCGGGGACCUCUUGUGCAAACUGCAAAACUACAACAACAACCUUGUGGCGACGAAAUUCAAGUGGUGAACCCGUCUGUAAUGCCUGUGGACUCUAUUUCAAACUACACAAUGUAAACCGGCCAAUGACGAUGAAGAAGGAGGGUAUUCAGACGCGCAACCGUAAGUUGUCAUCAAAGUCGAAAAAGAAGAAAGGUGGAGGCGGGUGUAUCCCACUUGGUGGUCACUUGGGACUCGGUGGUGGUGUUGGUGACAUCAUGAAACCUUUGGAUCCAUCUAAAGCUUUCGCCGGUAGCUUUUCGGCAUCAAUGGGCUAUCCAUGUAAUCCUGCAGGUCAACAUGGCCAUUUGUCCGGAGGACUGCAUCCUGCCCAUGCUCAUAUGCACAGUGGCUGGUAUGCAAGUGGAAUGGGAGCACUUGGUGCUUCUGGGAGUCUACAGGGUGGCUUCUCUACAACAGGAAGCCUUGGUGGUGGCGUAGUUCCACAUUCACAAUCCUAUCAUCUCGCUGGACUUGGCUCAAUGGGUUCAUGGCGAUCAGAUUAUACGUGAUGGAGUGAUAACAGCCUAAAUAGUAAUAUCUUCACGUUUGGAGCAUCAUCAGCGUCAUGUAGCAAAUCACUACAAAAAUAUGAAUCAAGUACAAAUUACUGAAUUUCCUUGCCUCUUCCUUCUAUUUUUUUUUCUUCAUUGCGGUGUUCUCAUCUUUUUGCCGCUCGUGCGAUGGGUUUUUAAGUUUUCAAAAAAGAAAGAAAAAAAAACAAAACAACAAUAAAUAAAAAUUUCACCCUUGACUGCCAAUUGAGGAAUUUCUUGAAUUUCCAAGCCAGUGGAGGAAAUGUUGACAGAGACACCUUCAAUGUUAAAAGAUACAAAAUUCUGUAUCAGACGAAACAUGUGGAAUUGUGAAAUAUUAUAGUUACGCAAAAAUAAAACAGCAGCAAAACACUGACCAUCCAGCCAACAAAACAAUGAAAAUGAAAGAGAUAAUGAAAAAUUUACCCCCAUUAAUUUGAAAUUCAAAGAGAACACCUUAUAAAUUAUUAAUGAAAAAAUAAAAUUUACACGCAGAAGGAGAAAAAACGGUAUUAUGUUUAAAAAAAAAUAGUCAAUUGUGGAAUGAUAAAAGAUUCUUUGCAAUGUACAAUGUAAGAAACUUAAUGAGAUUUAAAUUUUUGACAGAAACAAAAUAGGUUCAUUUAUUUAAAAAGAAAAACUGUAUGAUUAGAAUUUCUUUUCUUGUCAUUUUUUCCCCAAGAAAAGUCCUGACUUUUAGAUGGUUCUGUAGGAGAAUGUGUGAAUCCUAUUCACAUUUUUUUAAUAAGGGUACAGUCUUGAUAAAAAAAAAAACAAUACAAAAUACCUGUAACAAUUUGUUCAAAUCGUGCAAUGCUCCCUCCCUAAUUUAAUUUUUACUAGUAAUUAUUUUCCUAGAAAUUUAAAGAAUUUUUGUAAUUAUUCAAAAUACAUACAACCAUGAUUGACAUUGAUAUCCGCAGAUGUUUUAAUUAAUCCAAACUAUCCAUAAAUUAUCAAAUGAAAUCACAUGCAUUUGAUAAGAAUAAAAAAAUAGAACAAAAGAACACCAAAAGACACCACACUAAACCCAUACAUAGACAGACACUCAUGUAAAAUAAAAUGAUUCUAAAUUGAAUCACUUUCCAUAUAACAAAGAUGCAAGCCAUCACCAAGCAAAAUUAAAAGAAAAAAAAACGUUGCAUGGGCAAGAUCGAACCGAUAGCAUUAUGCGAAAUUCCAUACAUAUUUCGGCAUUAAACUGCGAUGUAACAAUUCAACAAGAAAAAGAAAAACUCUUUGGAACCCUAAUCUGUAAAUAUAUAAUCUACGCUAGUAAUAUAUAUGAUGGAUAAAAAAAAACAAAAAUAAAAGAAAAUAAACAAGAAGAAAAAUCUUGCGAUGUGCAUAUUAUCGGAAAAGGAAAAAAAAAGAAUACAAAUUAUUCUUCUUGUGACCUAUAAUUACAUACAGAAAAAAAGUAUAUAAAGAAAACUUCAAAAUAGAAAUAUUGAAAAGGAUGCCAUAUUCAUAAGUAGACUGUAUAGAAAAUUGUGUAAAUAAUUAUGAAAGUAAAUAGCAAAGAAACUUGUGUAAAAAAGGUGAAUUAUACAUAAUUUAAAAAAUUGGAAACAAAACACUUCUUAAUUUUAUGUGAAGUGUACACUAUAAAAAAAAACAACUAAAUAGUGAACAAAAGUAUAAAUAAAAUAAUUAAAAAUUGUCUUGAUGUGUUGAUAAAUAUUUCAAAUAAAAUAUUAUAUAAAUAAUACAAAAA